GCCGCUUGUUAAACGAAAAGAUGGCGGCGCCCUUGGAUGACAAUGGUUUCGACGAUGAUGAUUUUGGAGACUUUGGAGGAUUUGAGGCUGCUGACCCUGUAAAUGUACCGGCACAGGAGAACCCGGCUGUGCAGGCAGCACCAAAUGUCUGGGCAGCAAUGUUUGUACCAGCGGUGCAGGGAACCAGCAAUGUACAGCCAGAUUUGUUGUGUGGACAGAACAGGUUCCCGCAGCAUUUAGACAACCCACUUACACUGGAUGUGGCAGGAAGUGCACAAGCUAGUAUUCCUCCAGUAGAUGUUGGAGGACAGGAUGGGGCAGUGGGUGGAGCUGGACUCCUGCAGGAACCUGAUCUUGGGGGUCUUCAGGACACAGAUGAGUUGGAUCUGGACAAUAUCAACCUUGCAAAUGAUAUUUUGGAUGGAAGUUUCAGAUCAGCUUCAACCAACCAAUCAGGAGCUGGCUUCCAGUCACAUGGUGUUGAACAAAUGCCUGAUAUAAGUGGCCUUGAUCUUGCUGCUGGAAUUGUUAACAAUGUAUCAGAACCUAGACUUGAAGUAGAAAAUACCAGCCAGCCUAGAGUAGAGAAUGAAAAUGUGCCUUCUCAAAGAUUAGACACUGACAAUAUUUCUAAUGCAGCACCUAGUCCAGAACAGUCUGAAAAUAGAAAUGUUGAACUAGCCAAUCAGGCUCCUGCGUCUGCCCAGGAUGUGACCAAUGAGGUUGUGAGAAAUGAGUUUGCAGCUGUUAGAAUGAAUGAAGUCUCAGAAAGAGAUGCUUUGUUACAAAGGGCAAAUGAGGAGAAAGAAGCAUUGCAAAAGGAGAUUGAGAAACAGUUGUCAGAAAAUUCCAGGUUGUCAGAAGAUCUUGCCAGAGCUCAGCAACUGGCAGAAGCUGCCAAACAAAGUUAUGAUGAACUGCAGUCCAAACAUGAAAAACAACUGGAAGAGUUACGUCAAGCUGGUCAUGAAACUUUAAGUAUUGUUGUAGAGGAAUAUAAAUGCCUUUUAAACUCUACAAUACAACAACAACAGGAAGUCAAUGAACAACGAUUGUCACAGAGACUGAAAGAAGAAACUGAAAGAUUGAGGGAGAUUUUAAAAUCCCAAAAAGAAGAGUUUGAUAGUUUACAAGAGGAAGAAAGGAAGAAAAAUGAAGAAAAAAUAGGAAAGGCUGUAGAGGAAAUGAAAGUCAGACAGAAGGAAGAGUUUGAUGCUUUGCUGGCAGAGGAAAGAAUAAAAUGUGAGGAAAAGGUCAAGGUUGAAUUACAGAAAGAACAGGAAGCAACAAGUAAAGAGAUCGAGAAAGUUAUUGAGGAGGAGCAACUGAAAGCUAAAGAAAUGCUUGAAACAGAACAAGAAACAUUUAAGAAUAAUCUGGCAGGUGAGAUGGAAAAACAAAGGAGUGAGAUGGAAACAGCAUUAAAGGAACAGAAAGAGAAAUAUGAGGACCAGUUACAUGAAGCUCUGAAACAGGAGCGAACAAACUCAAAAGAAUCUGUGCAAGAAACUGCUCAAUGUGUCAAAGAUGACAUGAACCAGUAUCUCAAACAACAAAGGGAGGCUGACCGGUCAACACAGAGGCGACAGUUGGCAAGUUUGGAUUUAUUUCUGGAAAGUGCAAGACACCAGUUGUCAUUGUUAAUGGACAAUAACUCCAGUGUUGAUAUAGAUAUGAACAAAGAAACAGGCAAAGACCAGUCAUGAUCACUGAAGGUUGUGAAUUCAGUAAUUGGUGUGAUUUCAGUGGAGGGGUGACUUUAGUAAUGUGAUAGGUGUGGCUUCAGUGGAGGGUGUGGCUUCAGUCAUGGGUGUGGCAUCAAUGAAGGAUGUAACUUCUCAUCUACUUGUAAAUCCAUACUGCAGCCAAUGUUACUUGAGACAGGAUGAAUAAAUGAUAAUAUUUUCAAUACUUCUGUAAAUAUAGGUCAAGAUUUAUGAAUGCAUUUAUUUUGCUUCAAAAUGUUAAAGGGAUAAGUUGUACCAUCAGUGGAUUAAAUGCGGGCUAUUAGCAAGCUGUGCUUAUAUAAUAAAAGGAUACAGAUGACAUUAUUACACCCAUUUUUAUUAUUUUGUAAAUUUGUCAUAGUCAUAACAUUGGCCGGUCUGGCGUCCAUUGUCUGUCAUCCUGUGUCUGUCGUCCUGCGUCAACAUUUUUACUUAGACAUCUUCUCCUCUGAAGCUGCUGGUCAGAAUUACACCAAUCUUCAUCAGAAGUAUCCUGGCAUGGACCUCUAUUAAACUGGAUCAAAUGGUUCAGCUUGGUCCCUUUUAGGAGUCACCAAAGCUAAAAAUAGAUACAAUCUGUUGUGAACCACAUGAUGGAUCUCACCAAACUUGGUCUAUAAUAUCCUUGUAAGGUCCUCUCCCAAGUUUAUUCAUAUGGUUCCACUUAGCACCUUUUAGGGGCCCAAAAGCUAAAACCUUUACACAACUUCUUCUCGUGGAUCUUCAUCAAACUUGGUUUGUAGCAUGCUUGUUUUACCCUCUUUCAUUUCUUUUUCAGUUGAUUCCCCUUGACCCUUUUUAGGGACUGCCAGAGCAAAAAAUAGAAACAAUUCUUCUCAUGAACCACUAGAUGGAUCUUCUUCAAGCUUGGUCUGAAGCACCCUUGUAUGGUUCUCUCGUAAAUAUGUUCAAAUGGUUCUGCUUGGCCCCUUAAAGGUGCUGCCAGAGCAUAAAAGAAAAACCUUAAAAAUGACUUCUUCUCAUGAACCACUAGAUGGAUCUUCUCUAAACUUGGUCUUUAUUAACCUUGUAAGGACCUCUUUCAAGUUUAUUAGAAUGGUUAUGUGUUGCCCCUUUUAUGGGCUACCAGAGCUGGAAAUAGAAAAUCCUUUAAAAACUUCUUCUAAUGGACCAUAUGAUGGAUCUUCACCAAAGUUGGUCUGUAGCAUACUUGUAUGAUCCUGUCUAAAUUCUAUUCAAAUGGUUUCACUUGGCCCCUCUUAGGGGCUGCCAGACCUUAAAAUAGAAAAACCUUUAAACAACAUUUUUUAUGAACCACUUGAUGGUUCUUCACCCAAUUUGGUAUGUAGCAUCCUUGUAUAGACCUCUUUCAUUCCACUAAGUCGUUUGAGUGGCUGUCAGGUCUAAAAAUAGAAGAAAAAAACACAUUGAAAUGACUUUUUCUCAUGAACCACUUGAUAGAUCUUCAACAAACUUGGUCUGUAGCAUCCGUUUUUGAUUCUCUCCCAGAUUCUUUCAAAAGGUCUCUUGCAGGAACUGCCAAAGUAUAAAACUCUUCAAACAACUUCUUCUAAUGAACUACUUAAAUAAUUUCUUGUUAUCGUUCAUGAGGCAGUGUCUAAUGAUAUAUAAUCAAUGUGAAAUAGUUAAGAUCAGGUCAAACAUUUAUGAACAUGUGUGGGAGAGUAAAUUCCUUUCUCAUAUAGUUAUGGCCUCAGAUUGACCUGAAAAAUUCUGCCUGUAUAGAUCAGUGACAUCUCGCCACAGCAGGUGUAGUAAAUCAGUCAGUGACACGUUUCUGUCCCUGUGUUUCUCAAUUAUAAGUUUUCUUCAUUAACUGUGGAAGUAACUAUAGCAGGCUGUUUCUAGACUGACAGGUUGGUUCAAUCAUCAGUUGAAAAUGUGCUAUUUUAGAGUUAAAUUUUACUUCCAAAAUAACCAUUCAGCCAGGGAACAAGGCUAAAUGAUCAGUAUGGUUUAACAUGAUUAUGAAAUUUUAUUUCCACAUUUAAAGGGGAUAGGGUAGUGUUAACAUGUCUAAUUAAAGUAAGUGGUUUUACAAGCUUGUGCAUUAUACAUUUGAGAUACCCAACAUUGAUAAGGUUUGAUAAAUGGAGAAAUGUAUAAUAAAAACUUAGAACAGUUUGCUUUUUUUCUUUAUAGGCUUAAGUAGCAAUUUUAGUAAAGCAGUACAUAAUCUUAUAUUAAAGCUACUUGCCCACAGUUUGGGUGAAAUUCUUUUACAUGUUCAUUUUCACUAGGUUUGGCAUAGAAUGUGUAUAUAACACUGAAAAAUGAUAAAGUGGAUGAAAAUAAAAAUCAGAUAUUGGUAAAAAUGCAAGAAGAAUGUACAUUUUCUGCAUUAUUUCAAAAGCAUUGCAACAGUUUACUACCUUUUGCACAAUAUUUUUUGCUAUAUAUAACAACAUUGUGCAAAAAUGUUAUCAAUAAGUUUGUACCACAAGUCAUUUCAGAGUUUUGCAAGAAAUUAGUUUAUCCUUAAAAUGUGUGGGUUAGUCCCUUUAAUCACAGACAUUCCUAAAAUCAACCAAUGCAUUCUUUCUAAAUGGGCUGUUUUGAAUUAUUCUACAAUUUUUAGUAGCAAAGAUAAAUUUCUUUGUUUGAUGGUCCUUGUAGAAGUGUAUUUAGACUUUAUAUUACAUGGGAGAAUCUCAGAAUUUGUUUAAGCUCCACCUUGAAAAUAUUUCAUUGAUAUUGUGUUUGAUAAAUAACAGGGAAAUGAAUACUUUGCAAGUUCCAAAUGGUCAUAUAUUACAGAUGAUUUCUACAGCUUAAAUCCCUUGCAGACCUCAGCCAGUCUGUUCAAAAGAACCAAUGAAAACAGUAGAUCAUAGGGUGAAAAUUUAUAAUAAUGUAACUGUCCUUAAAAUACUAGAUAAAAUUUCCAGAAACACCAAAUAUGUGUGGGGAGAUUCAGUAUGUGACAAAAAUUACUUUAUACAUAUCUUUUUUGGUAAGAAUGGUUAAGGUUUCAAUUAUGCUAAAGAUGAUUUUUCAUAGGAAAAUAAAAUUGCUAAAACGUAACUGUAGAAACAGUUUUUAAACUUGCAAGGACAAAAGUUAAAGAUCCAUCUUUGGUGAGCGACUUAGGCCCAAUUGGGCCUUUUGUUAAAUGUAGUGGUAAUUAAUAAGCCGCCUUAGCCAUACAUUUCUAUUAGAAAACUCAGAAAUCAGAAUGAAUUGGAAAGUUUAUUUCUUUUCUACAAAGUCCAAUAUUGUGAAGUCAUUACUAUUUGUGGGGAAACUAAUUUUGAUGGAUUUUGUGUUUGAGUUAAACUAUGAAAUCAAAUACCAACAAAUAGGGAAAGUUCCCAUUCAUUUUAUGUUGAUAAGACAAAUUACAAAAGUUUAUAUUACCAUGAAAUGGACGUUUUGACUGAAACCAGAAAAUGUGGUGCCCACAAAGUUGUCUAGUUUUACGGUAUGUGGAUAUAGAUCAGGCAAGGGAAAUGGUCAUAAAUGACUGCUGUAAUGAGACAGGUGAUUAAUACAGAAUUUUUCCAAAUCUUUUUUUACUUUAUUUAAUGUGGUUUAACAUGAACUGUUGUGAAUUUUGUAAAACUUUAAAAGUGUCACUUAGUGACUACUAAUAUUUUAAGAGGAAACCUUAUUUGCUAAUGUUUUGCUUCAGUUUUUAGCUCACCUGUCACAUAGUGACGGGGUGAGCUUUUGUGAUUGCCCUUCGUCUGUCAUCCGUCCGUCCACAAUUUCGUGUCUGCAUGAUAGUGGUUUCAUUUCUGAUUUUAUUUUAACCAAACUUGCACACAACUUGUAUCACCAUAAGAUCUUGGUUCCUUUCUUGAACUGACCAGAUCCCAUUAUGGGUUCCAGAGUUAUGGCCCCUGAAAGGGCCAAAAUUAGCUAUUUUGACCUUGUCUGCACAAUAGCAGCUUUAUUUAUGAUUUGAUUUUUACCAAACUUGCACACAACUUGUAUCACCAUAAGAUCUUGGUUCCUGUCUUGAACUGGCUAGAUCCCUGUAUGGGUUCCAGAGUUAUGGCCCCUGAAAGGGCCAGAAUUAGCUAUUUUGACCUUGUCUGCACAAUAGCAGCUUCAUUUAUGAUUUGAAUUUAACCAAACUCGCACACAACUUAUAUCACCAUAAGAUCUCGAUUCCUUUUUAUACGCCCAAAGGGAUGUAUUAUGUUAUCGCCCCGGUGUCCGUCUGUCUGUCUGUUGGUUAGCAAUUUCCCUUCCGCUCUGUAACUCUUGAACCCCUUGAAGGAUUUCAAAGAAACCUGACAGAAAUGUUCACCUCAUGGAAACGAUGUGCAGAGCGCAUGUUUCGGAUGGCUCACUUCAAGGUCAAGGUCACACUUAGGGGGUCAAAGGUCAUAUGACUUUGUUUUGUGUGUAUAUUGCUCUGCAUUUGCGUUGCAUUGCAGUGCUCUUGUUUUUAUUUGGCAGAACCUUCUUUUGUUCACUUACAAUAAUUUUUUUUUAAUUACUUCCCUUUAAUGUUACUUUAAAUAGCUUAUUUAGUAACUUUUUUAUUAUUGGCCGUAGGGAAAAACCGAGACCACUUUCCUGUGGUACAACAUGGAUGGUACCUCUAAUUUAUAGGUGUAUUUUGACAUAUCUGUACCUCUUAAAUUUCAACUAUAUUUUCUCAUGAUUCUUUUGAUCUUGAUUAUUUUUUGACCUUCUUGUCCUUAAGUGCAAUGAUGACAGGUGAGCAAUAUAGGGCCAUUAUGGCUCUCUUGUUAUAAUAUCUAUACAGUUAAUAAACAUUGUUGUACAUUACUGCAUUAUGAAACAAAAUUUCAGCUUUUUAAUCUGUUUUUGCUUGGGGUUUGGUUGUCAAUAUGUAUUUUUGUUAAUUCUCUUUUUAACAGAAAUAUGCAAAUUUUUGACUACUUUGUAAUAAUUAUGUGUUUUAGCACUCAUCUUCUGUUAUUGUUUAAGAUUAUAUACAUUCAUUGCAGGUAGUUUGAACUACAAUUCUUGUAUGAAUUAUAAAUAGAUUAUUUUUGUAGGAAAGGAGGUUUCAGAUGUGCAAUACAUUUUCUAAAAA